AUGAAUUAGUUCUAAGAUUCGAAGAAUGUGAACUUUCCCCCUGAGUCGUACAAGAGUCCUCCCCUACGUAUUCCGCUUAACAAAAAAAAUCCUUAAGCAUCAAAGCCUCCUUUAAAUCCUCAGUAAUCAGGCCAUUAAAUAGAUGAUAAAAAUACUCAAUCAUAUUCAAAUGAUUUUGAGGAAGAGGUAGAAUGCCAAUAGAUUUAAUUUCUGAAUAAAAAUCUAGAGCCAAAACCUUAAUCAGUCUCUUAACUUACUGUUCAAAAGAGGUCAAAGGAAGAAUUAUAUAGUAUAAACUCCUAAUAAAAACAGUAACCAUAGAACAUUCGAAAAUUCAGUGAACAUAUCUCUGCACCGAAGCGAUCUAGAACGUCAGAUUACGUAGAACAACCGCAUAUUAUCAACAAUAGCAGUCCUGCAGUUGUGAGUGAUGAGAGUAUAAGGAAAAAGCAAAUAUCCAGUGCAGAUAGGUUUUCCUCAAAAAGAGAAUCUUACUUUGAAAAUGAUAAAAUGCAAGAACUUCAAAAGAAGAAUGAAAUACUGCUGAAUAAGUUGAUGGGCAUCAUGAAAACAAACAGUAAAUCCAGAGUAUAGUAGUUUCAAAACAAAUCCUAUCAAAUUCAUUAGGAAUAAAUUAUGCACACUGCAGGAUUUCAAAGAAAGUAGUAAUUGGAGUCAAUAAUGCGAUAGAACUUCAAAAUGCUUGAGAGGAUACACAAUUAGAAAAGCGAGUACAGUGUGAAUAACCUAGGAGCUGGGGACCUGACAUCAAGAAGACUAAAUAAGAGAAAGAAAUAACAAAAUAGCACUUUUUAAGAUUUGAGGGAUAUUGUGAAUCAAUCAAAACUUAAUAAUUUUAAAGAAGAUAACAACAAUUAAAAUACAAUGGAUGAGGAAGAUGAUGCAUCAAUGCAAUUGAAGCGUAAUAAGAGUACUGGCGAUCAGUUGAAUUCCAAGUAAUUCGUUCUCUAAGAUGGAAAACUCGUCAGGAAGUUUCUAAAGAAUGAAGAAGUGACAUUUUUGCCCAAGAUAUCAGAACAGAUAGAGAAGUUUAACAAAAGAAUCUUUGAUAUUGAAACAAAAAAGAAACUUAUAGGUCAGACCGAAAUCGCAAAGAAGAUAUUACAAGACCGCUCAGAGUCUUAAACUAAGAUAGUCACUAACAUUUCAAUGCAAUACGAAAGAGGAUUACUAAGGAAGCACUAUAUUGAACUGAAGUAGGUUUUUGAGUUACCUCAAGACAGGAAAGUUCUCAUGCAGUAGCAGGCUAUGAUUAAGGGUAAAAAGGGCGAAUAUCUUGUUGAAAUUUCUAAAACCAAACAUAAAUAUUAUAUCACAGCUGUGAAGAUAAGAGACCACAAUAAGUAUAAAGUAAUCGAGUACAAUACGUUUAAGUUCGAAAAGGUUUACAGAAACUUGAAUAGUGAUUAUAAUAUGGUCGUUAAAUUGCUGGAAUUUGUAUCCCCUGAGAUCAUGGUUAUCAGGGAUUUCGAUAAGUUACUAGCAAUUGAAUCAUAAGCUUAGGAAAAGGAAAUGAAAGUCAAUUACUCUUAGAGAGAUCAAUAAAGCCCAAGUAUGCAGUCACAGUAGUCUCAAGAGAUCUUACUAGGAGCAGAUUAGAUUCAAAGUAGACAUUUCAAGGUGAAAAGACAGUAAAAGAGUCUUGAUAAUAUUGACUAGGACAAUAAAUCUAAAAAUAUCAAGAAUGACACUUAAUUUUUGUAGAAAAAUGAAAUAGAUGAUGUAAUUGAUAAGAUUAAUUAGAAAUACUCUAAGUUUCAAAAUAAGAUGUCAAGACUUAAUCCAGAGUAGAUUUAGAGCUUAAACACAAAAAAUCUAAUAAAGUUUUCUAGUGGUGUAAAUAGUAAGUCUAGCAUUGACAUCACUUAAAAUAUUUUAAGUAACAAUAAGCAGAACCCUCACAAAAAGCAAUAAUAGUAAUCUUUUGAUUCUACAAUGGUAAAACCAGGGUAAAAGUACAAUAAUGAUGGACAGAGGAAUGUGAUAAGCAGUCGAAGUAUUAUGAAAAUCAAGGACUUCAUCAAAGUAGUUCCUCCUAAGCACACUAAUCUGAGAUAGAUCCCUCUCAAAACUAUCGAGGAAAGAGUUCAAGAUGAGUUCAAUGCUACUGGGAUGGCUAAGGAAAUGGCUAAUAUGAAUUAGCAGAGAGCUCUAGAGGAGUAAUUCAGACUCUCAGGAAGUAGGAUGAUGAUGCAGGAUAGUUUACAUAAAGUUUAACCAGAGAUGCAGGAUGAUGAAGAGCCCAGCUAUCCAAAAAAUAUUAGAAGAAAAAGAUGA